AUGGCCAUCAAUGGCCAUCACAGGCUUCCAAGUAGUGAUUUAAAGAAAGGGUGGGACCGACACUGUGACAACCGGAAGGUUCUGAAUCAGAUGAGGCUGGAGUUGACUGUGGCCUUGCCCAGCUAUUACCCAGUGUGUGCUUACUGGAUUUCACAGAACUUAAGUGAUGAAGAUCUGUCUCCAGAAGUAAGCCUCUGUCUAGAUACCCUUCUGGAGGAUGUAAUAACGAUUCCAAAGGAAGAGACAUCACAAGUUGUAUCUCUGCAUGUUUCGGAAGAUUGCCAGAGAACCUGCAUGACCAUUAUUUACACAGAUAACAGAGUAAAAGAAUAUUCCCCUACUAAUGAUACAGAUCUUUCACUGACAUCUCCAGGGAAGAUUUUUAUGGAAGCAUUCACUGAACAGAGUAUAGAGACCGAUGAAUUUGAAAUCGGUGAUUUGUUGAGAUCCUCCAGUGAUUCUGAGAAUCUUAAAAUGAUAAACCCAUUGCCUGACAAAUUAGAGUGUCAGGGUCAUGCCUUUUCUCUUGAUCCAUCAGCAGAUGAGAGCAGUGAUGCCCUGCCAGUACAGCUUGUGACAGCUCUGAAUGCCUUGCCAGCAUCUGUAGUACAACCUAUCACUCCUGUUGCCCCAAAUGAGAGACAGUUUAACACCGAGGGAGAGCAGUUAAAUUCAGAAUCCAGUAUUCCCCAGUUAAAUGGUGACUGUAUACAAAUAGCAAACGUGAUUGAGCCUCAACUUACUACAGUUCAGGUGGAAGAAAUAAAAGCCUUAACAGGAUCUAACUUGCAGAGGACAACCAAUGAGCAACUUGUGGGUGAUCAGCAGAGAGAGAAAGAAAUAAUUUCAGACUACUGGGGUGCCACCUCUAGUGAAAAGCAAACUGGGGAGGGAAGUUUGCAUUCAGUGGAGGCUGCAGCAUGUGCAGAAACAGCACCAACAACAUCAAGGACAGUGAUGCAGUUAAGAGAGACCUCCUCAAGGAAGUGCAGAGAUCAUGUUUCCCGUCAACGCCAAAUACUAGAAGAGACUCAGCAGAGGAUGUCUCACAGUGGCAUUACAACACGAAGCAAAGCUAAGGCUUUUAGUAAAAUUCAGAAAUCUACUUCUAAAGACAAGCAGGAUCUAGAAACCAACAUAUGCCAAAAAGUAACUCUGAAUAAGGACAGAAAAGCUGAGCAGAGAAGAAGGAGCAAGAGAUUGGAAAACAAACGAAGACAAGAAGCCUUUGGUAGGAAUUCUGUAAAUCCUGUUCGCCCCGUUUCAUUUUCAACAAUCAAUAGGAGGAAUACUUACGAAUUACGGUCUCUUUUCAAUUCUGGUUUCUUUCUGUCUUUCAUUUUCAUUUCAGGUGGAGGUAAUUCAAAGAAUAUGUUAAAUACUAAAAGUAUAGAGGAUACAAACCCGCGCCAGAUUUCCUUACAGACAGAUGAGUCAGAACCAGUGUGUGCAAAUCUUAUGAAUUCAGACAUCACAGACAUAUUGCAACAGACUAUUUUAAAUGAGGUGCAAAACAUUUGUACUAAUAUAUCUGAGGAUGGAACCAGCUGCACUGAACAGACAUGUCAAGCAAAUGCAGGAACACUGUUAGCACAUGAACUUUUAACAGCUACUAAUGAAGAAACUGUUUCUGGAAGUCCUUAUAAUUCUACCAGUGGCAUACUAAUCACCAUUGAACAAAAGGGUCCGCAGCCAGAAAAAGGAGGGAGGAUCCUGCUUAAUGCAGAAGAAAGUGUUGAAGGAUGUCACAUUGAAACUGAAAAUGCUAGUAGCUUAGAGAUCGAGCCUAUAGCUUUACAACUCCAUGAGAAGGGCACACUUCAAAUUGGAGGAAAGAGAGAGGAUCUUCAGGACACCAACUCAAAAACAGAUUUGAAUUUUGAUGAAGGAGUAUUUGCUGGACAAAGUGGGACAGAAGGCACUGAAAAAAAUGGAGAAGAAGGAAAUGCAAAGACCAAUGUGCUUUCACAGUUUACUGAGACAGAGGAAGUUCAGACUAAAAGAGUAAGAUUAGACCCUCAGGAGACAAGCCAAAAGGCAGCCUCAUAUUCCAGUAGCAGCAAAAACAAGCUUUCACCUAAUCAAUCACAAUUCAGUCAAGCAUCAGAACAGCAAACAUCCAAGAAAUCAGGUGAAAAAAAGACAAAAACUAAGAGAAAUGAAAAAGGGGAAACUCAGCUGCAUAUUGCUGCUAGGAGAGGAGAUUUGUCUUUGGUGAAAACUCUAAUAUCAUCUGGAAUUUGUGUCAAUGAACAGGACUAUGCAGGUUGGACAGCAAUUCAUGAAGCUUCCAAUAGGGGAUUUACUGAAGUGAUCUUAGAAUUACUGAAAGCUGAUGCUAACGUUAACAGCAGAAAUGUGGAUGGUAUUUUGCCAAUACACGAUGCUGUUUCUGGCAAUUAUUUAGAGGCGGCCAGGAUUCUACUACAGCAUGGAGCGAAUCCCUGUGAGAGGAGUGGUUCAGGGAAAAGUGCUUUGGAUGUAGCUUAUGAUGAUGAAAUGAAAGAACUGCUGAAGCCUUAUAGUACUAUGGACUCUGAGUCUGUUGCUGCCAUAGAAGAUGCAGAAGAGAAGCUAAAAGAACUGUUGCUGCUUGAACUGAGAACUUCGAAAGAUGCAGAUGUGUAUAUUCAAAGGCUGUCGCAGAUGCAAAAUACUUUGAAUGAAACGCUUGCAAAACAGAAAACAGAAAGGGAUACCCUUGCUAAAAAAUACAGGGCUUCAGUGGAUUCUUUUAAAAAAGGAGCAUUGAGGAAACAAUUAGUUAACCUUGCUUCUAGGCAAAAGCGUCUGUUGACUGUUGUCCAAAGCCAGGAAGAAUUAGUCCAGAAAAUACAAAAUUACAGAAAAACAAAGCAAGUCUUCAGUGCAUCAUGUUCAGAGAAGCAAAUCUCAAACUUAGUUAUUUCCUGUGGAAAUGACAAAAGACAAAGUUUAACUGCUGAUGAAAUCGUGUGUCCUGAUGUAGUUGCAUUUAGUAUGGGGCUUGGUGCCAGCACGCCUAAUGGAAACAGAGUAGGAGCACAUCCCUCUUUAGAAAAUAGAUUUUCAGCUCAGGAAUGCAGCCAACAUCCACACAUCUGCUUGGAUGAGACAGUAGCAAAUAAAGAAGCAAUUAGAAGCAAAGAGGCUUCUGAGCAUGCUUUGGCAUCCGAAAGCAGGGUAAGAGAAUAUCCCUUUGACAACAUGUCAAAGCUUAAAAAUGCUGUAGAAGUGGUGACAUUGCCUUCAGAACCUACUGUUUCCACUGCUAAAACAAAGUGCUCACAGCAAAAAGACAUUGAUUGUGUAGCAAUUGCAGAACAAGGAAUCAAGUAUUUAAAUCCCACUUCAGUGACCAACACAUUAAAUAUUGUAGAACCCCAAAGCACUGUUGUCAAUAACAAUGUCUAUCAGCCGGGCAGUGACUGCCAGCAGGUUCUUACAGAUGAGGAUCUGCACAGAUAUGUAAAUAAGAAAACAGCUUUCCAGCAGCAGCAGGAAGUAAUUUUGUCAACAUCUACAAAGAAUUUCCCUAAUACUCUGCAGCAAAUGAUGUUUUGGAGUAGUGAGAACUCAUUUAAUGCCAACUCUGUGCUUACAAGUCUUACCUCAGAUACAGAUUAUCCAGCAAAACUCCGUGAAAAAUCUUCCCAGAGCUAUAGCAAUCAGGAAUGUGGACAAAAACAAGUCAGGUAUGGAAGAAAAAAUAAGAAAAAGCUUCAACUGAUAGAUCUACUUGAAUCGGGAAGGAUUAAGCCAGGAGAAAAUGUUUUAGAAUUCAAACUGCAGGAAUUUAGCCAUAAAGCCACGCUUUUAAACAAUGGCAAGAUAAGAACCAGUAAAAGACAAAUACUGGAGAAUCCAGUUCAGUGGGUUAAAGACCUACUAGGAAGUGAUAUUUCUGUGACAUGGAAGUAUGUGUGGAAUAAGGUUACAUAUCUUGGGACACAGUUGUCAAAAUUUCUUGUUGAAGAAGUGUCAGUUUCUAGUGACCUGGAAUUACCAUCACAAGAAAGAGAGCCUUUGGAAGUUGUGAAAACAUUGCGAUGCACUGGAAAAGAGGCAGCUGUCACCAAGGAAUUUAAGAGCUCUUCUGUCCAGUUCAACUCAGUGGAAAGUCUGACACGUUUUCUUCAAUUCCGUGAGGUAGUAAUGAUACGUAAAGAGGAGUUUCUACCAUGCCCUGUAAUGGAAAAGCACUGGAGUUUCUACAAAGGAUGUGAAGAUUUUGGAUUCUAA